AUGAUGGUUGUUAGGGAACAAACGCCGUCGGAAGCGCUUGCAAUAGUCCCGAUCCAGUUUUUUGUGCCGCCAUCCCAGCAAACAACAACUGACGCAGAUUCCGAACCAACCCCUAUGCUACAGGUUGAAGGGGCUAGAGAAACCACUCCUGAAACCCCCAAACAACUUCAAGAAACAACACCCAAGCUUCCCCCAGCUCCAACAAAAAUUCAUCCAGACGCCGAGGACGCUGCUGCCCUGUUGAUGAUGGCACGGACAGCAAGCUAUGUUCCUAAAACAGAUCCGGGGAUGCCAUCAUUCAGCCUCGGAUUGACAGAUUCAAGCCAGGAGGGGGCGUCGACGCAGGAGACAGAAAUGGAAAAAUCUCCAGCAACUGCAACUAUGCUAGAACAAUUGGACAGUUUGGUCCAAAAGUUAGCAAAGGGAAAAGACGAAAGUCCACAAAUUCAGAGGGAGACUGGGGGAGAAAGUUCUGCAAAGUUUGAAACCCCGGGGGUAAUAAAUCAAAUUCCGGAUGAUAUGAAAGAAAAGUGCUACAUCUGGGGGACGAGACUGAAGGAAGAUGCAAAGGGCAAUACUGACGAGUUUGAGGAGAUAUGCACUCUGAUUGGCCAAGGAGAAUACAUUUUGAUGAGAACGCACCUUGCAUCCCUCCAGGCAAAAAGUGAUAUAGAAUGUCAGAGCAUGGCACUUUCGGAUCACCCAAGGGGGGAAUUCAUAUCUCCGAAAAUGAACAGAGAAUUCAUGGUGGAAGCCUACCCCAGUUUCAUUCCCUUCAUAGAUAGAAAAAAAUUAAGUUCGCAUCCAUAUGGAUAUGUAUUUUCAAGAUUGAUAGCAUAUGCCGGCGGAAAACCUCUCGAGAAAGGCGAGAAGGAGAAGGAAAUUAAAGCACCAUAUGUUAAAAUUUCAGGCCAAAAAACAAGCUAUGACUGCGCUAUCUACGUAAUGAAGUGGCUUGAGUUAAUAGAGCCGGAAAACAUUAAAAAGGGAAAGUAUGAAUGGGAUAAUUGGACACAGGAGGAGGUGGACCACUAUAGAGUGGAGUAUGCUUCCCGGAUACUAUUCAGUGAGAUGAAUACACAGAGAGAUCGGGCAAUUAGAGAGAGUAGUGCUAUAAGGCUGUCGAAGCCAUCCUCUGUGGAAGAUCUCUCUAGAGUCUAUAGGAUUUCCCAGCAAAUACCUAAAUUCUUGAGACUUCUUGCCUUUUUAUUCAACAAGCAUAUUACAGCUGAAGGUACGGUAUUGAUCCAACAGGAAGAAGAAGCUGCUAACAAUCAGACUGCAAGAGAGUCUAGCAUCCGUGGACAUCAGGUACUAAUCAGAAAAAUUAUCGAGGCCCAUGACAAGUAUAUGGCAUAUGUCAAUGAUUGCUUUAUGAUUGAUACUAAGUUUCACAAGGCACUGAAGGAAGCAUUUGUGAUAUUUUGCAAUAAAACUGUUGCAGGCUGUACCACUGCAGAACUAUUAGCUGCAUUUUGUGAUAAUAUCCUAAAAAGGAGAGGGAGUGAGAGGCUGAGUGAUGAAGCAAUUGAAGAAAAUCUUGACAAGGUAGUCAAGUUGCUUGUUUAUAUCAAUGAUAAGGAUCUUUUUGCAAAAUAUUGCAGGAAGAAUCUUGCCUGCAGAUUACUUUUUACCCCGGAUGCUAAUGAGGAGCAGGAGAGGAUUCUUUUAUCAAUGCUAAAGCAACAGCUUGGGGGAAAUUUCACAUUGAACAUGGAGAGAAUGGUUAAUGACAUGAUAUUGGCCAGGGAAUGUCAAAGUCAAUUUUUGAAGUAUCUUCAUAAUAAGGAAAUUCAAAAUCUUGGAAUGGACAUCACAGUUACUGUCCUUACUACAGGGUCUUGGCCAACUUACAAAACAUUUGAUCUCAAUCUCCCUUCCAUGAUGAUUAAAUGCAUGGAAGUUUUCAAGAGCUUUUAUGAUUUAAGAUACGGGAGAAAGACAAGAAGACUUAGGUGGAUUUACUCAUUGGGGACAUGCAAUGUCAAUGGCAACUUUGAACCAAAAACCAUUGAACUAAUUGUAUCCACAAGUCAGGCUGUUAUCCUGCUGCUAUUCAACAAUGCAGAUAGAUUGAGCUAUUCAGAGAUUAUGACUCGGCUGAACUUGAGCCACGAAGAUGCCGGUAGAUUACUCCACUCGCUGUCCUGUUCGAAGUAUAAGAUACUUAACAAGGAGCCCAACACAAAAUCUAUAUCUCCAAAUGACAUCUUUCAGUACAACUCUAAAUUUACUGACAAAAUGAGGAGGAUCAAGAUCCCCAUUACACAGCAUGAGGACAAAAGGAAGAUGGUUGAAGAUCUCGACAAGGAUAGGCAGUAUACCAUUGACGCUGCAAUUGUGCGCAUUAUGAAGAGCGGGAAGGUUUUGGGCUAUAAGCAACUGCUUUCGGAGUGUGUCAAGAUGUUAAGCCCCUUGUUCAAGCCUGAAAUCGAAACAAUCAAGAAACGCAUUGAACAUCUCAUUGCAACGGACUAUUUGGAAAGGGACAGAGAUAACCAAAAUAUAUUCAAAUAUGUGGCAUAAUGGAAGCAACUAAUGUGCAGUGGCCAAUGUUUAUUGUCUAGUAGUUAAAUGUAGUUAAAUGCAUGAUAGAAUGAUUGCUCCAUGCUUCUUUGUCGAUUGUUGUAGACAAUAGAGGCUAUAAAUAUUUGGAAAGGA